GGGCUUUGCACUGAGUCUGCAAGGCCUCAGGGAACUGAGCUGUGCCAGCUUGGCUGGUUGUGAACUCGCCCUGCAGGUUUUACCAGCUUUGGCAGAGAAGGGAGCUUCCCUUCAGACAAUGGCCACGGCUCUCCAUCUCCUUGUCGCACGUGCCUUCGACUGGAUGCAGAGAACAGCAAAAUUCUGUGCUGAGGGAGAGAGAUUCAAGACUUCACCACACUGAGGGAGUGCAGAGAAAUUCUUAGCAGCAUGUCAGGGCCUCCAGGAGAGGGGACCAGGCGUGGUACAGAGGGGCACAAGGCAGUGAGAGGUGGGCACAGGCUGGCACUGGAGACCUCAUGGCUACAAACAACUCUGGAAUGCUCAGUUAAGGAAAUAGAAGCUCAGAGAGGGACAAAAAGGGUUUGGAGGUGACAAAGAGAGCAAAGAAUGAGCGUCUGGUGUGGAAAAACACAGCAUAUUUAGGUAAGGGGGAUGUACAGGGAUACAGGCAGGACAACAGGGAGAGAUUCCCUGUGCUCUGCACCAUCCCACACACGAGUUCCCCCUGCAAGGACAAGGUCAGGACAUUCACAUGGGACAACCUGGAAAGGUUUUUGGAGAGAUGGGGGGAUCUGCACACCCUGAACACUCUGUCUGUGCAGCAAGAGGUCACAGGAAAUGUAAUACAGGGCUGGAGCACAGCAGAUUUUGUCUGGGUAAGCAUCAAGUCAGCCAAGUCUCUGAUGAUGCUGAACCGCUCCAGAACCAGCUGUAAAAAUCUGCAGAGGAGCCUGGUGCAGGAGCCUGGGCAGGAAGGAGGAAAGGCAUGGCUGUGCCUCAGAUUCCUGAUACCCACUGGAGCAAGAAAGUUAAACAAGGAUCAGAGCAGGAUGUGUCUGGGAAGAGGCAGUGCCCUUCUGGGCAGCACCGUUUUGGGGCCAACUUCCCUGUUCUGGUCUGUGGUGACUGAACAACACAGAGGACAGCCCCAGGGCAGGAGUGGGGUCAAGCAGUGGGCAUGAACUGCUGACUGAGGGUACAUCCAGUAGAGAGGGGUCUACCAAAAGACCCCAAAGCCCCUUGAGCCAUUUCCAGAAAGGCCCAGAAGAGCAGAGUGCACGUGCUCAUGUGUACAUGAAGAGCAGGAAACCCGAGGCCAGGUGCUCCCCCUGGAAGGACAACGCCUGCUGCACGGCCAACACCAGCUCAGAGGCCCACAAGGACCAGUCCUACCUCUACAACUUCAACUGGAACCACUGCGGGGUGAUGCCACCCAAAUGCAAGCGCCACUUCAUCCAGGACACGUGCCUGUACGAGUGCUCACCCAACCUGGGGCCCUGGAUUGAGAAGGCUGACAGCAGCUGGCGUCGGGAGAGGAUUCUGCACGUGCCCCUCUGCAGGGAGGACUGCGAGGAGUGGUGGGAGGACUGCAGGGACGCCGUCACCUGCAAAGAGAACUGGCACAAGGGCUGGAACUGGGCAACAGGAACGAACCGCUGCCCCUGGGGCUCCAUGUGCAGACCCUUCAGCGAGGUCUUCCCCCGACCCAAAGACCUGUGCGAGAAGAUCUGGUCCAACUCCUUCAAAUACAGCGGCGAGCGCCGGGGCAGCGGGCGCUGCAUCCAGAUGUGGUUCGACCCCGCCCAGGGGAACCCCAACGUGGCCGUGGCCAAACACUUCGCUUGGAGAAAGAGAUGCUCCCCUGCUCGGGGGGACAGCGUGGCUCCGGAGAGCGACGGCGCCGUGCGUGCCCUGCCGGGGUCUGUGCUGCUCCUGCUGCCCCUGGCCCUGCUGCUGCUCCCCGAGGGGCUGGGGGGCUGUGGGGUGCCCAGAUGGGGGUCCCUGUGACCCCUCUGUGAAGGGACAUGGCCCGGACUGCUCCAGCUGCCCUGCAAGAGGAGCCGGCACAAGUUACUCUGUCUGUGCGUCCCAGCGCUCAGCAUAAAUUGUGUUGCUGGACCUUGGCACCACCUCUGGGCCGCUGAGCAGAGCAGGGAUUUUCUUGCCUCUGAGGGAAGAGCAGAGCAGUCUCUGCUCUGAUGUGGGGGUGCCUGCACAUCUGUGCCCACCCCACGGCCGUGUGCUGGCCUGGCAGAGCUCUGGUGUCUGCUCCUUUGGGCAGCUGUGAGACACGGGCUUUACAGGCUUUAGAAUUUAAUUGAUUAAGGAUAUAGUUAACCUGAAAAUGUUUAUAGCUUUUUAGAAUAUGUUAAGCACAACAGAAAUCACACACUGUCUGUAACCUUUUAUCAUCCCUUGCUGUGGUCACAAGAACAUGCAGGAAUGUAAGCUCCUCGUCCUCUCUGGAUAAGGAGAGGAACCAACAGAAACACACAGGGCUGGGAAAGCAGAAUGCCGAGACAAGGGGAGCCCUCAGACCCCCGAGCUGCACAGAGCUGCUCCUGCACUUUCAGCCGGGACCAGAGUGCGACAACACUGAGGCAGAAAGGUGAAGGGUUCAAUGUGAUGAGGAGUUUCCAGCCCUCAGCUCUGAAAUCCACCCAGUGAGCACCAGAGCGAGCUGUGCGUGCCCAGAGAGGGAGCCGAUGACUUACCCAGAGGGGAUGGGAGGGGACAAGAAAUAAAAAUGCAUGAAACUAAUUGUGCAAUCCUACACAAAUAUAAUAUUCUAAGGAAUAAAUAGGGAAUGUAAACCUGGUGAUUUUCACACAGGUUUUAGGAGAAGCAAUCACCUGUCUGCUGGGACCUGCCAGUAAAGCAUACCUAAAAGCUUUGCACUUGUGGAGUCUUUCCAUGAGUCAGUUGGGACUCCCUGAAGGGUGGCUUGGAUAAUAAACUCUUGCUCUGGAUCA